AUUGAAAUAAUAUGUAAUAUCAAGAAUGAUUUCAAUAAAAAAAUAAUGUGAAGUCUGACUUUUUUGGAUCGGUAUUGAACCAAACGAUUUUAUGCCCAAAAUAUAUGUAGUCCAAAAGGUUUUGAUCUAGAAAUUCUAUUUUUUGGGUUUAUAUAUAACUAAGUCAAAUCUUAUAGAACCAGACUUCAAAACUUCGAUCAUAAUUUACAUAUCUAAGUAAAUUUUCAUAUUAGUACACCAAGUUAAUUUUCAUAUUAGUACACCAUGUUAAUUUUCAUAUAAACGUUUUUACAUUAAAAAAAAUACAUCAAUUACUUCUUUUUUUCAUAAUAAUUUUUUUUUCCAAUCUAAGUUUGUUUUCAUAAUAAUUGUUAGGGUAUAUCUUCACGUGGCCCAACUCGCAUAGGGUUUUCUCGCAUAACUCCCUGUCUCGAUGGUUCCCGAUCUUGCGACGGAAAGAUCCGAUCCUCCUUCACCGAAGCGUCAGAAGACGGACGAGGAAACAACCUGCUAUGAUGGCCGUCCCGAGGAUUUCGAUUCCGACGAGUGCACCGACGAGGACAUGCAACUGUUCGACCAAGAGUUGGAUAUGAUCGGCGGGGGUUUUGAAAUCGACUUCAAAAAAUUUCGCUACUGUUUUGGUUGGAGACCACUGGAUCUGGAUGAUAGUACAAUGGUUGAUGAGCCUGAAACCAACAGAGAUUUUAUCGCUACGUUGGUGAACCUCGCUCUCACCAAGUACAACGCAGACAAAGGAACAAGCUUGGAACUGGGAAAGAUUUUGAUUGCCAACUUUCAUCCAUCUUGUGCCGUCACUUUCUACAUCUCAUUCCAAGUCAAUGAUCCUUCAGAUGGUAAUCAGACAAAACCCUAUCGAGCAGUGGUUCGCUACUUCCCAGGAGACAUUGAAGUUGUCUCUUGCAAUCCCAAAUAUUGAAUUAUGUGAUAGAGGUUUUAUAGCAAUCAACCAGUCUCCUCCUUCUGUCUCAUGGGUUUAAAGAUUGAAGAAUUGUUUGUUUAUGCUUAGCUCAAAGGGAAAGAAAAGUGUUUGCAUGAUGUUUCUCCAACUUUUUUCUUUUCUUUUUUUAUGUUAUGUUCAACUUUUAUCAUCACACUGUUCCAGACAAAGAUAUAUAAUACUGCGAGAUUCUUCAC